AUGGGCCAAGCUCACAGUACUCGAUUCACGAAAUAUUGGAUCGAUAAAGAAAUAGAACCGACUGAGAAGGCUCCCGAUACCCACGAUUUCCAUUUCAAAACAAUGUCAACGGCAGCUACGGAAAAUCCAGAGUUUGAGUAUGAACACGAAUGGACCGUAAAUUUCAAAUGGGAUCAGAUGGACCAAUUCUAUCAUAUUGACAAGCUGACAAUGGGAUGUGAAAAGGAAUACAAGGACGGAGAAGCUACGGCAGCAAACUACAUGAUCUUUAACUUUGGUGGGUAG